CCGCCCGCGUAGGAAGGCACGGCCGGCGGCGGCGGAGCGCAGUGAUGGCUGGGCGAGGGGGCCGCGCGCUGCUGGCUCUGUGCGGGGCACUGGCUGCCUGCGGGUGGCUCCUGGGCGCCGAAGCCCAGGAGCCCGGGGCUCCCGCGGCCGGCAUGAGGCGGCGCCGGCGGCUGCAGCAGGAGGACGGCAUCUCCUUCGAGUACCACCGCUACCCCGAGCUGCGCGAGGCGCUCGUGUCCGUGUGGCUGCAGUGCACCGCCAUCAGCAGGAUUUACACGGUGGGGCGCAGCUUCGAGGGCCGGGAGCUCCUGGUCAUCGAGCUAUCCGACAACCCUGGCGUCCAUGAGCCUGGUGAGCCUGAAUUUAAAUACAUUGGGAAUAUGCAUGGGAAUGAGGCUGUUGGACGGGAACUGCUCAUUUUCUUGGCACAGUACCUAUGCAAUGAAUACCAGAAGGGGAACGAGACAAUUGUCAACCUGAUCCACAGUACCCGCAUUCAUAUCAUGCCUUCCCUGAACCCAGAUGGCUUUGAGAAGGCAGCGUCUCAGCCUGGUGAACUCAAAGACUGGUUUGUGGGUCGAAGCAAUGCCCAGGGAAUAGAUCUGAACCGGAACUUUCCAGACCUGGAUAGGAUAGUGUACGUGAAUGAGAAAGAAGGUGGUCCAAAUAAUCAUCUGUUGAAAAAUAUGAAGAAAAUUGUGGAUCAAAACACAAAGCUUGCUCCUGAGACCAAGGCUGUCAUUCAUUGGAUUAUGGAUAUUCCUUUUGUGCUCUCUGCCAAUCUCCAUGGAGGAGACCUUGUGGCCAAUUAUCCAUAUGAUGAGACACGGAGUGGUAGUGCUCAUGAAUACAGCUCCUCCCCAGAUGACGCCAUUUUCCAAAGCUUGGCCCGGGCAUACUCUUCUUUCAACCCAGCCAUGUCUAACCCCAAUCGGCCACCAUGUCGCAAGAAUGAUGAUGACAGCAGCUUUGUAGAUGGAACCACCAAUGGUGGUGCUUGGUACAGUGUACCUGGAGGGAUGCAAGACUUCAAUUACCUUAGCAGCAACUGUUUUGAGAUCACUGUGGAGCUUAGCUGUGAGAAGUUCCCACCUGAAGAGACUCUGAAGACCUACUGGGAGGAUAACAAAAACUCCCUCAUUAGCUACCUUGAGCAGAUACACCGAGGAGUCAAAGGAUUUGUCCGAGAUCUUCAAGGUAACCCAAUUGCCAAUGCCACCAUCUCCGUGGAAGGAAUAGACCACGAUGUUACAUCCGCAAAGGAUGGUGAUUACUGGAGAUUGCUUAUACCUGGAAACUAUAAACUUACAGCCUCAGCUCCAGGCUAUCUGGCAAUAACAAAGAAAGUGGCAGUUCCUUACAGCCCUGCUGUUGGGGUUGAUUUUGAACUGGAGUCAUUUUCUGAAAGGAAAGAAGAAGAGAAGGAAGAAUUGAUGGAAUGGUGGAAAAUGAUGUCAGAAACUUUAAAUUUUUAAAAAGGCUUCUAGCUAGCUGCUUUAAAUCUAUCUAUAUAAUGUAGUAUGAUGUAAUGUGGUCUUUUUUUUAGAUUUUG